UUUUAUUCACCAAGACGAAGAACUACCUCCAUGUACACUUAACAGAGUUUAGUUUUGUAGUUUUACUUGUAUUUAUUUAUUUUGUCGGUCUAUUUAUUAAUACUAAAAUGAGGCUGACAAGGCUUUUUGUAGCCAAUUUCCUUUUUUUCCUUCCUUGCUGCCUCUUCAACUGGAGAAGCAUAGCCAUUUAAAAUAUAUAUAUGUAUUUAUUGUGUUUUGUACAUUUUACGGUAAAAGAGGGAUAUGAAAAUACAUUUAUUUCCACUUGACUGAAAUUUCUUUGGCCGUUAGGGACUUCCUUUUUUCUGAUUGGGUCACAUGACAACCAAACAACAUUUUCGUCUUUGCAUUUAACAUCCUUCCUAUUCAGUGUGUUCCAAGUAGGCCUACAGCCCCUGACUGAAAUUAUGCAGCAGCAGAAAGCUCAGAAGAUAAACCUGUAUUGCGUCUGAUAAUGUCAUAAAGAGACACAAUAUGAAGUUCAGAAUAUGUAUGACUGUCUCCCUGUCAGGAGCAACCAGCUGUCAUCAGCACCAAUCCCUCCUGAACUCUGCAAUCCGAUGGACACGCCUGUAUGAUGUGUUCGUGUGCCACAGCAGUGAGCUCACUGACACAGAGGAAGCGGAGUGCCUGGUGUCUUUUCUCGAGGCGCCUCCUCAUAACCUGAGGUGUUUUUUGUCUCACAGAGACUCCUGUCCUGGAGCAGCCAUACCCUCUGAGCUGUGUCAGGCUGUCCAGAACAGCCACAUUAAGGUUCUGCUCAUCACAAAGCACUUCUUAAAGGAUGAAUGGUGCACUUAUGUUAUGCACCAAGCACUGGCAGAUGGACCAAUGUCAAACCGUCUGAUCCCCCUGGUGAGAAACUUACUGCACUCUGAGAUUCCACCAGAACUCAAGGUUUACUCUUACAGUGACCUCAGCAGAAAUACAGACCGCUGCUAUGCACUGGUCAACAGGACUGUGCUUCAAUACCUGAAAGACAUGGUACAAAAUGAGAAGGUGAUUGACUUCAACAGCAAGAGCUCUGUACCAUGACAACAUACAGCAUGUUUUGAAUAAACUUAUGGUGGAUGCUGUACAUGUGUAAAGUGUAGACUGUUUAGCAUUGAGUACAUCUAGUCUUUUAAUGCUCUGUUAUAAGACAAUUAACCCUUCCAGGACGUCAGUGUACAUUGUAGGCUACAGCGUAUGUACCGUGUACCUUAUCUUUAUUGGACUGCAAAGAUCGCUAAUUACCACUAGAUGUCGCCUUUCUCUUAUCCUGUUAUUGUCAACGAAAAACUGUAAAUGUGUUUUACUCUCCUUGGCCAUAUUUAGGCCUCGGCAUAUAUGACACAAGAACAUUGCCAGGUUAUGAGGAAAUACGUGCAAUUAUUUGCCUAUUUUCCAUUUACUAUUUACAAUUUGAGAAGCAAGUUUCCACUCACACUAGCUGCCCUUAGCCUAUAGCACUUGGAAAUAAAAGCAAGACCGUUUCUGUGUGACACAUAUAGUAAAUAAAAUGCCUCUUACUAACAA